AGGAAAAGAUUGUUGAGUGUAGGCAAUUGCAACAGAUAGAUAGAUAGAUAGAUCUAGAGGAAAAAAGUACAACACUUAUGCUUGAAGAAAAUCGUACAUAAGCCACAACAUGCAACCAUUUAACAUCGUCCAUCAUCCAAAUACAUUAUGUAUUUACGUUAUACAAACAUUAUGCUCUAUAAAUAGUCAUGGUAUUCUUGGACUUUGUACCUCAACACUACUUAUAAGCACUUGUUCACUACCCAUUUCCUAAAACAAACAAAGAAACUAUUUUAUGAUGGCUUAUCUUAGAUCCAUCUUCACCACCUUUAUUCUUCUUCUUUUUUCAUUACUAGUUAUUGCCAAUGCAGCUGAUUAUGGUCCAACACCAAACGUUGAGAAGCCUAAAUUUGAAGUAGAUAACAAACCAUAUUCUACAAAACCAAACUAUGAUGUUUCCAAACCUAAAAUAGGUUAUGAGUAUAAUCCAACUCUAGAGAUUGAGAAACCCAAAGCCGAUAUAGAUUAUAAAGUAAAUUUCACGGAACCAAACUAUAAAGUUCGCAAACCUAAAAUAAAUGAUAAAUAUGGUAUGGUUCCAAAAAUAGAGAAUUUUGAACUUGAAACAGAUUCCAAUCAACAUCUCGAAAAAUCGAACGAUGAAAAUCCCAAACCUGAAACAAAUUAUGGGUAUGGUCCAUUACCAAAGAUCGAGAAACCUAUAUCAGAAGCGGUCUACAAACUAAACCACACAAAAUCAAACAAUGAAGUUCCCAAACCCAAAACUCAUUUUGCUUAUACUCCAACCCCAAAGAACGGGAAACCCAAAUCCGAUGCAGUUUACACAUCAAACACCACAAACUCAUAUUAUGAAGUUCCAAAACCCAAAUUUUUUUAUGGAUAUGUUCCAACCCCAGAAAAAAUUGAGAAACCUAAGUCCGAAGUAGUUUACACACCAAAUACCACAAACCCAGACUAUGAUGUUCCCAAACCUAAAACAUAUUAUGGAUGUGGUCCAACCCUAAAGAUUGAGAAACCCAAGUCCGAAGCAGUUUACAAAUCAAAUCACACAAAAUCAGAAUAUAAAUUACCAAAACCUAAACAAAAUUAUGGCUAUAUUCCAGCGAUUGAGAAAUCCAAACUUGAACCAGAUUAUAAUUUAAACCCCACAAAACCAUAUUAUGAAGUUCUCAAAACAAAAGAAAGCUACAAAGUGCAACUUCCCACAUCCAUCGGUGUCCAAGGAAUAGUUUUCUGUAAAUCAGGCUCAAAUUAUUACCCAAUUCAAGCAUGUGUGAGGGGUGCAGGGGCUGUGGCACGAGUUACAUGUAGAUGUGUGAAUGAGCUUGGAAAUGAGACAAACCCUAUAUCAGUAUUCAGUCAUGCAACAAAUGGUAAAGGUUAUUAUUUUGCUACAUUGUCACAUGCAAAGCUUGGAUCAAAAUUGAAGAUUAAUGAGUGCAAAGCAUACCUAGAGAGUUCUCCAUUAAAUAUUUGUAAAGUUCCCACCAAUGUGAACCAUGGGAUUAGUGGUGCUCCUCUUUCUUCUUAUCGUCUUCUUGAAAAUAAUUUUAGAUUGUACUCUUUGCCACCUUUCUUCUACACCUCUCAAGCUAAACCAAUCCUUAAUGUGCAUGACCAUUGGUUUGUCAAAUAGAGUGGAAUAAAAUUCUAUGUAUGGCUACAAAUAUAAAGAAGAAUGGAUUCUUGACUAUAUUUUUUAUUUGUUAA